AAAAAUAAAAAAUGUCUUCUAGAGGUACUUGUGAACCACUUGCUGUAGGGAGAGUAAUAGGUGAAGUAGUAGACAGUUUUAGUCCAAGUGUGAAAAUGAAAGUUAUAUAUAAUGGGAGCAAACAAGUUUCUAAUGGCCAUGAGAUCAUGCCUGCUGUUGUUGCAACUCAACCUCGUGUCGAAAUUGGUGGUGAAGACAUGAGAUCUGCUUAUACACUCAUCAUGACGGACCCUGAUGCUCCAAGUCCUAGUGAUCCAUACUUGAGGGAACAUCUCCAUUGGAUUGUGACAGACAUUCCUGGUACAACUGACAUCUCAUUUGGAAGGGAGAUAGUGUGCUACGAGACACCAAAGCCGGUAAUUGGGAUACAUCGUUAUGUGUUUUUGUUGUAUAAACAAAGAGGAAGGCAAACAGUGAAAGCACCAACAACAAGGGAUCAAUUCAAUACAAGGAGUUUUUCGGCGGAAAAUGGAUUGGGAUCCCCUGUUGCUGCUGUUUAUUUCAAUGCCCAGAGAGAAACUGCAGCUAGAAGAAGAUGAAUUUCACACACACACACAAAAUAAGCUAAAUGCACUUUG